AUGAUUCCUAUCAGACAGGUUAUCAAGACCGUUGGAAGAAGGAAUUUGAAACCUUUGGGUAUUAGAUUUCAAUCUGUUGCUGUCAAUAAUGUCACUGACAGUACUACCACUCCAACUGUCAACCCAAAUACCAAGGGAAUGACCAAUACCUCCGAGUCUACUAAAAGACAAACCAGACCUCCAAUCAAGUAUGAAGGUUAUAGUCAAGCCAGAAAUCAAAAACAUAGAGAAAUUGUCAAUCUGAUUCAUGAAACAAUCAAAGGUGGAAAUUUUGAAGAAAGUUUAGAGAUCUUAGAAGAAGGUAUAUCGUUCUUAAGGGAAAUUCAACAAGAUGAAAAAUUAAGUCCUAUCUUAGUUUAUUCCGAUUUUGUCAGAUUAUCUGCUGAUUUGUUAGAACAAUAUCUCCAAUCAGGUAAGGAUUAUUCAAAAUUGAUGAGUAUCUUAAGUAAAUAUGAUAUUUCCCAUCAUUACCAUUAUUUCUUAUUGAUGAAAAAUGAAUUAAAAUUGAAUUCUGAUGAUAAAUAUGAAAAGAUUUUAAAUAUUUGGGUUCAAUAUUUAGAAUCUAAUGGAUCUAGAACUCAUUUGAAGUUCUUAGAUGAAUUAAACUAUAGAUUUAAGAACUUUAGUGAUUUAACUUAUUUCGCUUAUUGUCAAGGUUUCUUAAAAGGUAAUUAUACUUAUUCAUCCAAUGAUAUUUUAUCGUUGUUAAAAUUCGAACAAGAACCUUUCCCAUACCAAGUAAGACCAACAUUAAAUGAUUUGAAAAUCCCAUUCAAAGAGAUCUCACCUUUCUUGAAUAUGUUCAAAUUCAUUAGUAGUGAUAACUUAGAUCCAAAUUCUAAUUUGACCAUGAGAAAAUUACAAGAAUUCGUUCAAUCCAAAGAUGAUAAGAAACUUUGGGAAUUCUUCGAAACUGUCAAAAAGUCAUCAAAUGAGCAACAAUCUAAAAUCAAUAAUUUGACCAUUUUCAAAUUCAUGUCAAGUUUCUAUGAUUUAGAAAAAUUCGACUAUAAUUUCAGAAUCUUCCAGGAUAUUUUGAAUAGUAAUCCUGAAACCAUUGAUAAGAGUAUUUGGGAAUUAGUUAUCAAAUCUAUUGGUCAUACUAAUUAUGUUACUAAAUUUGAUACCAAAGGUAAGGAAACCUUAUCCAGAAAUUUAUCUUCAAUGAUUAGUACUAUGACUAGCGACCCAAAUUUCAAAAUGGAUUCCAAGAUGUUAAGUUCAAUAGUUGGAAGUUAUGCCAAUUUGAACGAUUUCACUAAGAUCGAUGAAUUAUUGAAAACUUAUAAUAAACUCCCAUUAGUACAAAUUGGGAAGAAUAAGAUCUUAUUGGGAUUGAUCAUCAACGAUAAGAUUGUUGAGAGUGAAAAGAAAUUGAAGGAAUUCAUGAAACAAGAUAAGAACUUCAAACCAGCCACUAAUGUUAUGAAUAGUUACUUGAAUCAUUAUUGCAAGAAUGAAAAUUUCGAUGCUGUCAAUGGAUUGAUUGAAUUCAUGAAAUCCAAUAAAAUUCCUGAAGAUGUUGCUACAUUAACUAUCUUAAUUGAUAAUUAUUCUAAAUUAAACUUCAAACAAGGUAAAAGAAUCGAUUUCAACGAAAUCUUCAAUAUAUUGAAUAACUCCAAUUUGAAAUUAAAUGAUAAAACUUAUUCCGUAUUGAUUGAAUCUAUAAUCAGAGAUGGUAACAAUAUCAAUGCUGCCAGAGAAAUCUUUAACCAUUUAAUGAAUACUGAGUAUAAGAAUAAAAGAAUCAGUAAUGAAUUAUUGAUAUCCAUGUUAAAUGGUGAAUUAAAUAUUGGAUCCAUUGAAUCAGCAGAAAAAUUAUUCAAUCUUUACAUCAAAACUUCUGGUAAUACAGUCAGGGUUUGGAAUAUGAUGAUUUCAAAUUGUUUAAAGAAACAUGAAAAUUUAGCAUUAAACUAUUACGAACAAUUGAAAUCACAAAAAAAUUUAUCACCUAACUUCUUCACCUUUUAUUUCAUGUUAGCCCAUUUCAGUAAGAAGGGUAAUAAAGUUGUCUUACAAAGGCUUGUCAAUGAUUUGGAUAAAUCAGGAAUCAGUGAUUUAGGUAAUCAAAUUCCAAAAAUCUUAUCAUCCAUUCAAGACAAAGUUACCCUUCCAGAAAAAUUGAAAAAACAAAUCAAUUAA